CCCACCUCAGCCUCCAACCCAGCCAUCGACACAGCCACUCCAGGAGACAACACCACUCCAGGAGACAACACCACUCCAGGAGACAACACCACUGCUGUAGACAACUAUGAUUUACCAUUUUCCACCAUAACCCCAAGCUCAGGCGUUCCUGAUCUAACUUUUGAUAACAUCCCUAUAAUCAAUUCCACCGGGAGGCCUAACGCCACGGAAACCACAACACUGAAGACCAGUCCAGGUAUGUUGGAGGUGCUGCUUUCACUUUAUGGUCAGUUUAUGGUCAAUGGUCGGUACCAGAGAUGGAGUCUCGAUCUCGUUGUCUUGGGGAUUGAGACCAGUCGAUAAAUACAGUCUCGGUCUCGAGGGGUCUAAGUCUUGACUCCAUCUCUGAUUGAUGCUAAUUUCCUACCUGCUUUGGUGGAGGUAAAGUAACAAAUCAUUUUUCUCAAGAUGGAUCUCCAGGAGCCACAUCCUGGACCUCACCACCGGACGUCUCUACGAAAAAGCCCCCAGCAGAGGCCAGCAGCACAGCUGCUAGCACUUCUGCUACUAGCACCACCAAGGAUACAAGUGAGUUGAUCUCACCAGAGUUAAGUGAAUUCAUUGUGAAGUGAAUCCAUUGUGAAGUGAAUCUAUUGUGAAGUGAAUCUAUUGUGAAGUGAAUCCAUUGUGAAGUGAAUCCACUGUGAAGUGAAUCCACUGUGAAGUGAAUCCACUGUGAAGUGAAUCCACUUAGAAAUGAUUCCAUCAGUACACAACUUGUAUGUUCUCUUUAUUUAAAAGGUUUGGCGGGAACUACUCAACCAAAACCCCCUGCGGGAAAAACGUCCAACCGCAUUGGUAACAUGAUUGCAUUUAAAAAUGUCUCAAACAUGCCCAACGAUGUGUGUUCUGACACCAAAUCUGAAUUGGUUAACCAUUUGUCAGAGUAACCAACAUUAUAAAUAACAUGAACAUUUAGGUCAUUUAGUCAUCGUAUUCAGAGUGACUUACAUGGCCUUUAUCUUGUUGCUCAAAAAUGGAUUGUUUUCUGUUUCUUAAUAGGAUUGAUCAUCCUGUUUGUGAUCAUCAUCACUGCCUUUGUGCUUGGAGCAGCAUGCUUAUUGACAAAGAAGAGGUCAAGGGUGAGUAAUGUAUAUGCUGUUUGUCAAAUUCAAUUCCAAUGUGAUUUGAUCAAUUCUAACAUUGUCUAACAAAGCUUCAACUUGGCUUUGUACAAACACCAAACGCUAGCGUUCAACUAUGUCUGUCGAUGCCUGUAUGCUUUCUAGCCCAUUGAAGUGUGUGUGUGUGUGUGUUGUACCCUGUUGUGUUUCCAGAGGUACUCCGUAGAUCUCCGAGACAGGCAUGAGGAUCUGCCUCUGAGUACUGCGGAACAUGACGCCGUGUUUGACAACUCCUCAACACAGAAGGGUGACAACAUAGAAUUACAUCACAUAUUUAUAGAAUAAAACAUGUAUUAUAUAUCUGUAUGGAGGAGGAUACACUCUACAUUAAUUUACACUAUCAUUAUCAAUGAUCCUCUACUACACAUUAAUAGUGUUAGGGAAAUUUAGACUUUGUAGAAACACCAAAACACUAAUGUUACUGUAACUGUAAACCCAAAUCAGAUUUAAUUCGUCACAUGCUUCGUAAACAACAGGUGUGGACUAACAGUGAAAUCCUUCCUAACAAUACAGAGAGAAAAAAAAAAACUGUACCACCAUAGCAUUUAAAAUAAAUAAGUAAUAAUGAGCAUCUAGCUAAUGCUACUGCACAUUAACUCGUGGUCAAACUGAUAAUACAUGUUUGACUGUAGUAGUAACCAUGACUAAUGCAUGUUGUCUUUGAUCACUUCUCCAGGGAUGGACACCUUUACCGCCGUGGGUCUCAACAGCACCGAGGUCCUGGUUAAGGGAAGUGAGGGAGGAAGAGGUGAGACUGAUGAAGUAAUGGACAAGUGCUCUGAAGUGAGAGAGGGCGCUAGACACGGGAGGUGGAGGGUGGGGUGGGGGUUAAAGGAAGGGGAAAGUAGACACGGGGAGAUGGGGAGAUGGGGGGGUAAAGGAGGGGAGAUCGACACAGGGAGAUGGGGGGGUAAAGGAGUGGGAAAAAGACACAGGGAGAUGGGGGGGGGUAAUGGAGGGGAAGAUAGACACAGGGAGAUAGACACAGGGAGAUGGGGGGUAAAGGAGGGGGAGAUAGACGUGGGGGGAAGGAGGGGGAGAUAUACACAGGGAGAUGGGGGGUAAAGGAGGGGGAGAUAUACACAGGGAGAUGGGGGGUAAAGGAGGGGGGAGAUAGACGUGGGGUGGAAGGAGGGGGAGAUGGGGGUAAAGGAGGGGGAGAUAGACACAGGGAGAUGGGGGAUAAAGGAGGGGGAGAUAGACACAGGGAGAUGGGGGGUAAAGGAGGGGGAGAUAGACGUGGGGGGAAGGAGGGGGAGAUAUACACAGGGAGAUGGGGGGGUAAAGGAGGGGGAAGAUAUACACAGGGAGAUGGGGGGGUAAAGGAGGGGGAGAUAGAGUGGGGGGGAAGGAGGGAGAUAUACACAGGGAGAUGGGGGUAAAGGAGGGGAGAUAAACACAGGGAGAUGGGGGGUAAAGGAGGGGGAGAUAGACGUGGGGGGAAGGGGGAGAUAUUUCACAGGGAGAUGGGGGUAAAGGAGGGGGAGAUAUACCCAGGGAGAUGGGGGUAAAGGAGGGGGAGAUAGACCCCAGGGGAUGGGGGGUUAAAGGAGGGGGAAAAUAGACGUGGGGGGAAGGAGGGGGAGAUAUACACAGGGAGAUGGGGGUAAAGGAGGGGGAGAUAUACACAGGGAGAUGGGGGUAAAGGAGGGGGAGAUAGACACAGGGAGAGGGGGGGGAAAGGAGGGGGAGAUAGACGGGGGGGAAGGAGGGGGAGAAUACACGGGAGAGGGGGUUUAAAGGGGGGGGAAUUGGGAGGGGGGGGGGGGGGAAAAAAACACAGGGAGAUGGGGGGGUAAAGGAAUGGAAUAUAGACACAGUGAGGUGGAGAAGGGGGGGGGGGGGGGUAAAGGAGAGGGAGACAGACACAAGAGCAUCUUCCUCAGGUAAGUAAGUAGCCUUGCAUGAGUCUUGGCUUGGGUGAGCCGGAAUGGCUCAUAGGAGCAGGAUCUCCUGUUUCCGUAGCGUGAGGCACCCCUUUCCUCAGGUACUCAGUCAUUAUGAUGUGACUGAAGUGGCUAGUAGAAAAAUACAUGUACUGUCCUCUCAUUGGGUCAGUUUGCUGGGCCUAUGACAGUGUGCCCCCAAAAGAGGCACAAUUCUCAAUAGUUUUAGUUUUUAUCUGAGUUAUUGCACAGUGAUCUGUCAAGUGUGAUGUAUUGUUUGGUUACUGGAAUGGGUUUUGUGUUCAGAGUGGAUUUCCUCUUUUGCAACAGCCGUUAAAGAGAAGAGAGAAGGAAGUCGAUGUGUGUUAACUAUACUGUACAUUCAUAGUUAUCUACAUUUUAAAAUGACCAGAGUCCCAGCUGAAAUAAUAAAAUGUUCAACUUCAUUUUAAAACGUAAUGUUAUCUUGUGUGGCAGGUGUGUGGGGAUAAUGCGAUAACACUGCUCUUGCCGGCUCUUGCUCAUAUCACUGUUUUUAUUCAAGUUGAUGCUUGAAUAAAAACAGUGAUAAGAGCACUGUGUGAGGUUUAGAGUCCCUAAGAGCUUGCAGUUACGGUCACGACCGAAAUGAUUGGCACCCUUGAUAAAGAUGAGCAAAAAAGACUGUGUCAAAUAAAUAAUGCAAAUACUGAGCUGUAUUGUAUGGGAACAUUAUAUUACUAAUACAAUUGCUCAAAGAAAAAUAUUUUGUUUAACAAGUAAUAAAACGAAUCUAAAAAAAGAUGGUAUCAAAAUGAUUAGCAUCCCUAAUGAUUCUUAUAAAUAAAAUCAAACAAAAUUGAAUCAGCUUUAACAUUGUAGUAAAAAAAAUAAUAAUCUAAGCUUAAAGGGGAACUCUAUUCAAAAACUAUAUUUGAGUGUUUUUUCAUUAGUCCACUGUUGAUACAGUCCCAAAAUGUUUUGCAUGUCAGCAGUCAAGUUUUCAAGAUAUUGGCCUUUCAAUAAGAAUAAUGAUUUUUUUUUUUGGGGGGGGGGGGGGGGGGGGGGUGCUCAUAUUUGUCCUGUUACACACAAAUGUGUAAUGGAAAUGUGUUUUUUUGCAUAUCACAACUCCCCCUGAUGACACAAAAAGCAUAAUUUAAGGAACUGUAUUGUGGCUUUUCAUGGCUUCCUGUUUCACUGGGGUUCAAAAAGGUAACACGCAUGUAAAAUCCAUUUGUCCUCCAUCACCAUGGGGAAAAGCAAAAAAACUAACAAAUAUACUGCUUACCACUUUUAAGGCAACAAUUACAAAGUAUAAAACAGUGGUAAACAUGCCUGGUAGAGGACCCAAGUGUAUGUUGUCCCCAAUCACAGUGAGGAAGAUGGUUCGGGAGGCAAAGUAAAGACCAAGGGUCAUAGUUGGAGAAUUACAGAACUUGGUCGCAUCCUGGGGUCACCAAGACACCAAAUCUACAAAUAGACGCCACCUCCAUGCCAAUAGGAGCCUUUAUAAAAACACCUUUAUUGAUCAACCAACAAAUGUAAACGCCUGGUGUUUGCUAAACAGCAUUGGCACUUGGAUUGGAACCGGGUGCUAUGAUCAAAUUCGACAAAAAUAGAGCUCUUUGGUCAUGCACACCAGUGAUGGGUUUGGCGUUUGAAAGAAGGAUGCAUAUGCAGAAAAAAACCCUCAUACAUACUAAGAUAUGGUGGUGGAUCUUUGAUGUUGUGGGGCUGCUGGUCCUGGGGCCCUUGGUAAGGUCAAUGGCAUCACGAACUCUACCAAGUUACAGAACAUCUUCGUCAAAAACCUGGUUGCUUCUGCCAGGAGGCUGAAACUUGGCCGCAAGUGGAUCUUCUGGCAAGAAAAUGACCCCAAGCACACAUCAAAAUCCACAAAGAAAUGGUUAAUUGACCACAAAACGAAACAUUUGCUGUAGCCAUCUCAUCUCCGGACUUUUGACAGCUAUCCUUUUUAUUUAUUACCUGUUAAACAAAAUAUUUUUUUUGUGAGCAAUUGUAUUAAUAUAAAAUAAUAUAAUUUCCCAAAAACGUUGAGCAUACAAUAUAGCUCAGUAUAAUGUAUUUAUUUGAUACAGUCUUUUUGCUCAUCUUUAUCAAGGGUGCCAAUCAUUUUGGUUGUGAUUAUAGAUAAGAGCUUCCCCACUGGGCAAAAACUGGUUGAAUCAACAUUGUUUCCAGGUGGAAAAACUGUUAGAAUCAACUUGGAAAACUGAUUUGAUUAGAAAGAAGUCAUAAAUGUAAGGGAUUUUUUAUUUAAUUUUUUUAACCUUUUUAGCCUAAAUCCAAUGAGAUGGUGACAUUUUUUGUCAUGUUGAAUGCCCGUUAGUUAACAACUCAACCAAAUGUACUGUAAAUCAAACUAGAUGUUGAACUGCCCAGUGGGUCAGCUCUCAUUGCCCACUCCUUUGCGACACCAUGGUCACCAUUCAUAACACAUUUGAUUUGUAAAAUGUUUUCUCACGCCCCAGGCAAACUCUGCCAGGUGUCAGAUCAUACAUAGGAAAUACUUUGAAUAACCAGAGCCGCAUGACUCGUGGAGGUUGAUAUGCGAUAAUAGACUGUAUGACACGUGUGUGUGUGACUUCAGUCUGAUCUCGUGUGAUAACCUCCAUAUAAGGAGUAGACUGACGUCGAUGCAGCAGACCUGGGUUCAAACAGUAUCAGAUUUCUUGCCAACGCGUUAAGCGUUUGACUGAGCCUUUCUGGAGUGUCAGAUAGGAAGGGUUUACGCAUUUGGGACUAUUACAAAACGUCAAAUGAUUAGCAUGAAGUUGCCCAUGCAUUCCAGUGCGCUCAAUAUUUUGAAUGUAAUACUAGAGACACUAGAAAAUGGAAUGUCCCAUCUUGCUCCAUUGAGUGACAGCACCCAACCUACUCUGUGGUGAGGUGCAGUACUAACGUCCGCCACUGGAUGGAAACAAAAGCCUAGAGAAUGAACAGGAGAGUAAAAAUCACAGAGCAAGUUGUUCAUUGGCUUUGAUGGAUAUGUAACUACAGCUUCUAUUGUAUAGGCUACCCUUGAUAUGUUCUUGUGUUAUAAGACAUUACCUUUUAUACUUCGGUAUAUUAUUCUCAGUGAUUUAAACAGAAGACGUUUCAAAAUAGUGACACGUUUUGUGUCAGAAAAUCCACAGCUCAGCCUCCCGAGUGGUGCAGUGGUCUAAGGCACUGCAUCGCAGUGCUAGCUGUGCCACUAGAGAUCCUGGUUCGAGUCCAGGCUCUGUCGCAGCCGACCGGGAGACCCGUGGGGCGGCGUACAAUUGGCCCAGCGUCGUCCAGGUUAUGGGAGGGUUUGGCGGGAAGGGAUGUUCUUGUCCUAUCGCGCACUUGCGACUCCUGUGGCUGGCCGGACGCAGUGCACGCUGACACGGUCGCCAGGUGUUUCCUCCGACACAUUGGUGCGGCUGGCUUCCGGGUUAAGCGGGCAUUGUGUCAAGAAGCAGUGCAGCUUGGCUGGGUUCUGAUGACGCACGACUUUCGACCAUCGCCUCUCAGUACGGGAGUUGCAGCGAUGGGACAAGACUGUAACUACCAAUUAGAUACCACGAAAAAGUGGUAAAAAAUAAAUACAAUCAGAAAAUCCCACAGCUCUAAUAUGCUGCUCAGCUGGCUGUGGGUGAGCGUAUCUAUUUCAAGAGUGCUAUCUUGUCAAACAAGUGUAUCGUCCUCAACUCCAUCUUAUCUGCAAAGUAAACAUGUUAAUGUACUAAAUAGGGCUCUCACCUGACCUUUUUUUGAAAAUCUAGGCGCACGCCCGCAAGACCAUUUAGGAGCACAAUUAAAAAUAUUUGAGAUAUUAAAGCUAGAAUCCUACAUUUUUCUAGGUGCACUGGUGUUCCUAAAUUAAAAUUCCAGAUCGCACAGGAAAAUAUUUAGCCAAAUGUGCGAGUAAAAUGGUCUCACUGUUGAGCCCUGCUAAAUAAUCCUGGAUGUCAGGCCUCAGACACCUGUGUAAUAAAACACACAUUGUGAAAUAAUGAAAACAUCAACAGUUCUAGUGGGAGAAGGGAACGUCAUGUAGCAUUAGCUGUUUAAUUAUUCUCAAUCUGUGAUAGUCCUUCCUUUGACAUUUCAUUCAGGUUGAAAGUGAUUGGAAUGGGUCUUCCCAGGCUUUGUGACUGUCAUGUCUGAGCUUGUAUUUCUUUCUCUCUCUGCCCUGGGCCAUACUUUGUGGAAUUGGUCAGUUUUGAUUGCAGCAUUUAAAAGUAACUACCCUUCAAAUAGUUUUAUCCUCUCCUUUUUCAAAAUCAUCAACUCAAGACGUUGCAUUGACAAAAUGAUGGCUUCUCAGACAGACAGCUAAACUGGUAAUAGGAUUCUACAGGUGCACAUCAUUUUUGACUGCUGUUUUGAUACACCUCAGUGGCAACAGACAUCUACUACUUUUUCAGCUCUUCCGGCCACAACCUUUCAACUUGACUAUUUUCUGUGCUCUUUCCAGAAGAGAUUAAGUCAAACAAAUAAAACUAUGGUCUGGGGAGGUGUGAAUUCCACUGUUGUAACAGCAUACUGCUACCCCAUGACUUAAAGUCAGUCUGUUAAAAAUGAUAAGACAACUGUCACUAGUACUGGGUUUGAGAUGGACAAAAUGGAAAGACUCUUCAUGUGAAUGAAGCAGAGUAAUGAGAACUCCAUUAGAAUGAAGUACGCACACACACACACCAAACGCGCUCAAACACAAAGGCCCACAGCCACACACUUACACAUGGUCUCUAUUACCUCUGUGGUCUUUAUGGGUCAGUGCCAAGAUGCUUGCAGUGCAGUCAGUCUCCUUUACUAGAGGUGUGGAGAGAAAGCCCUUUUUAAAUAUCUGGGUUGUUGUUGGUCCUCUGUUUAUGUAUUUGUGUUCCUUUUUGUGGUUUGGCUUGACCAAAAUGUCCUACAUGUCCGUCAGCUGAUCGAUUUGGUCGACUUCGACUUUGUAGUAUUGUUUCUCAGUACCAUGAUGUAAGGGUUAGAUUAUGUUUUUGUAAAUACGUACUUGGUUUGAUGUUGUAAGAAAUCAAAUCAAAUCAAAUUGUAUUUGUCACAUGCGCCGAAUACAACAGGUGUAGACCUUACAGUGAAAUGCUUACUUACAAGCCCUUAACCAAAAACCCUAACAUUAUCAUUCAUCCUAGCUAGCACGCAGAGAUCAAUGCCCUGGCCGCACUAAUUAGUCAGCUACUCUCAACUUGUACCUCUGCCAGCCGCUCUCUCCUUCUUAGCUUUGGCUCCAGCUGUGAGGGAUGUCCUGACCUGAAACAUAACCUUAAUCUCUACCAACUGCUCCGGCGACCGACCAUGACACUUUCUUUUCUCAAUUAUUGAGUCUGGUCCCAGAGACUGAUUAGCCCUCAUCAAGGUUAAUUACAGAUCUCACUCUCCAUUCCCACAUUCCCUUGGACAGUAAAAUAGCGUGUUGGCUUUGAGUGAGUCAGGGGGGCCUGGGAGAAACUGAACUAAUGAUGGGGAUUAGCGUUAGCAACCAGACACUGAGUGGUGCGGUGGGGGGCUGACCGUCAGAGAGACACACACACACACACACAGCUUUGUUUUCAUGCAUUUUCAGGACAUUUUGGGGAGUAAAAAUGUAUUCCCUAUUUUCCUAAACCUAACCUUAACCCCAAACUCUAAACCUAACCUUUAAGCCAAAAAUAGCAUUUAACAAAUUCAGGACAUGAAAAAAGUCCUGAUUUUUCAAAAUGUGUCUUGUUUACCUACCUUGUCAGCACAUUCUGAUGACUUGUCAGCACAUUCUGAUGACUUGUCAGGACAUUGUGAUGACUUGUCAGGACAUUGUGAUGACUUGUCAGGACAUUGUGGUCCUGAUAAGGUAGGAAAACGUGUACACACACACACAGUAGCCAGAGGUAGCAAUAGUGGUUAACAGAUAGCGGUUUACAGAUAUGUCCUGUCCAGAACAGCAGUGGUGUUACCCCCCCACCCAAGCCUCCUAGCCUACUUGCCCCCUCAGCCCCCCCAUCACCUUGGGUAAGAUAAUAAUGAGGCGGCCAUACUUUCCCACAGCUCUUAACCAGCUGUGUGGCGCUGCUCUCCCAGCCAGGCCUGGUCAGUAAUCAGGACCUCAUUAGGCGACCAACCAGAGGCCUGGCUCUGGCCUGGAUCAGCUGGUUUAGUAGAGGAGAAAUCCCCCAACAGUCAAAUUGGGCAGAAAACAGUCUUGUAGGAACAGAAAGAGAAACACUGCAGGGCAGGAAACUCAGAUAGGAAAUGCUGUCAUUAUAGUAAUGCUUAGGGGUAAUGACAAAGCACAGUGUUGCAGAGCAAGGUAAAUAUGCCUUUCUUAGGUGGGAAUUGGGUGAAAAUGGGGGCGGCAGGUAGCUUAGUGGUUAAGAGCGUUGUGCCAGUAUCCGAAAGGUCGCUGGUUCUAAUCCCCGAGCCGACUAGGUGAAAAAUCUGCUGAUGUGCCCUUGAGCAAGGCACUUAACCCUAAUUGCUCCUGUAAGUCUCUCUGGAUAAGAGCGUCUGCUAAAUGACUCAUAAUAAUAAUAAAUAAAAUGUGUUAACUACAGGUAUAUGCAAUUGUGUGGUGUUGAAAUGUGCUGUGUCAAGCUAUUCUGACAUAUUGUGUGUAUAAUUUGACUGGAUUUGUUUACCUAGGCUGCAAUUCUUGUACAAUAUAUACAUUACACAUCUUUUUGCCCAAAAAUCAUGUGAUGAAUCAUCUGAAUGCCUAACUGAGCAUGGAUGGACUUGAUAUCUUCCAAUAUGUUAGACACUGACAUGAUUAGCUCUGUACUCCCUCCGCAGCAGAUAGUGAGAAAAGCUCUGACCACCCUCCACCUGCCAGCCCUGUGGACAAACCUGAUGCUGUGGCCCCUGGAGAUGUGGCCGCUGGGGCCCCUGGAGUUGUGGCCGCUGGGGCCCCUGGAGUUGUGGCCCCUGAGGCCCCAGUGGGGGAGACUGACGACGAGAACACUGUCUCCAACAAGACCUCAGUGGAGUCAGUGGAGGCCAACGAGAACAACAACAACAACAACACCAUCACCACAGCCAGGAUCGCUACAACAACACCAAGAGGUUGGUAUAGUUCAAUAUCUGCUACAACCUCUCCAUCCUCUGUGUGUGUCGUUCUGACGGGUUGGGAUAAAAGAGAAGUCACAUUUCCGUUGAACAUUUCUAUACAUCUUCUUCUAACGUCAUGGUAUCUAUGGCUAUUGAUGUCAUGUUGUUCCUCGCCGUUCAUAAAAAGUGGGCUAAACAAACCACACCUCUCUUGGCUUCUUUGCGUCGUUUGAAAAUACAACGAGACAGAUUGGUUUAUCCACUUCCUCUUUCUCUGUAAUUGACUCAGGGAUACAAUGUUGAACAGAAGUGUUCUACUAUAUCUUGAACAUGCCUCCCCUGGGGAGAAUGUAAUUAACACAGGAUGGUGAUAGCUCCACAGCUCCCAGACUAUGUCCAUAUCUUAGGGCGAAGAAUUCUUCUAUAAUUGUGUGGUGAAGACUGAACCAACAACUCAACAGGACAUUUAGUUCAAGCUGUCGUUGUCUAAAGCAAAAGACAGUCAAUAGUUGUGGCGUUCCUCAUAGCAGUGGAAAAUAGGUUCAUGCACACUUGGGACGCUUGAGUGAGUUUUAAAUGUCUUGUGAAAAGCAUCACUACAUGGUCAAGCCAUUGCAAGUGACAGGCAAUGGUUAGCAGCAGAUGUGUGUAUUUGACCUUUCCCCUUUACUAAGAGAUGUCCUAGAGCUCAAUCCGAGACAGAACUCCAGUUGGCCUUUCAGUCUUUCAGAGGUCCAAAAAUGCAUGGAAUGUUUGUAAACUGUGGCUAUACGGUCACUCGUAAGGAUGACUAUAGGACACAUAUUCCAUUGUUUAGUCCCACUACUAUUGGAUGGUUCUACAGUAUAUGAUUCAGAACACAUGUUCUACCCAUCACAUCACAUCGGUAUUGAAUGUUCUACUUUGGCAGGGAUGAAUGUUCUACUUUGGCAGGGAUCCUGACUUUAGGUCUGCUGCCAUUACUCAAAUAUUUUCUGGAAUGUAUGAGUGCAGGGAUACAAGUAUCUUAUAUCAGCAUGCAUCCUUUUGUAACCAUGGUGAAAUGUAGCUAUAGGUCUAGGGUUAACACUCCCCAUGUUCAUCACUUCAUCUAUGUCCUGUCUCCUCAUUAUGUUGUUUCUCUUCUCUCUCUCUCUCUCUCUCUCUCUCUCUCUCUCUCUCUCUCUCUCUCUCUCUCUCUCUCUCUCUCUCUCUCUCUCUCUCUCUCUCUCUCUCUCUCUCUCUCUCUCUCUCUCUCUCUCUCGUCUCUCACUCUCACUCUAUCUCACUCUUACUCUCACACACACACACUGUCUCAGGAUGGGCCAUUACCAGCAGCUUCUCUGAGGUUCCUCUGGACAACCCAGCCUAAAAGAGAUCCUCCUUUAUCUGCAGCCCCUUCACAACCACGGUAAGCCCACAUCGGACCCCCAGUUAGCCCCCAACAGACCCUCAGACAGCCCCCAUCGGACCCCCACCGUAACCCCUAGAUCCCCAAUCACUCCCCAACCUCCCCCCUGCAGCUGCUGAACCACUUCCCCAGCUCAGGUGUUAGUAAACGGAUCAGCCCCGGCCAGGUCAGCAGGCCGCAAACGACUUUUGCUGGAAGUGCCAGAAGUGUUACUGAACCGGUCUCCCUGAAUGAACAUUGCAGUAUAAAUAGGACGUCAUAACCACCAAUCUACCGGUACUGCUGGUUAUUAACAUGUCAUUAUCUAUCUGCAUUAGAUUAUGGGUUCCCAUCUUCGUAAAUCUUCUUGACGAGGCUAAUCCACAUUGAUUUAUAUAUAUAUUCCUUGAAGGGAUGUUUGUGGUUGUCGAUGCAUCUGGACUCAAUUCUCCAUUGACAGUCAUAAGAUAUUGCAGCAUAUAUAUAAGUUUAAUUACUUGUGUAGGGAGGAUUUAUAUAGGCUCCUGGUUGAGUGAGGGGGACAUAUGUAGGCGUAUUUGUUAUACCUCUGCAAUUUUCUAACUUAGUUAUUGGACAGAUGUCAUUUAGCCUCUACAAGAACAAGUCGUACUGUUAGAUGGAAACGACCACAACUUGCGCAUCAAAUAUCUUCCACAAUCUACCAAACAGCUCCCAACCAUCUAAAAUAUCUCCUUGCCCACUUGCCGCAAAACAAUGCAUUUCCGAUUUCCACUCAUACUCUCUCAUAUACCUUUUCUGCUCAUACCUCUGUUUCUUAUCUCAUUUCGAUCAGGCAUUCUAGAUAGAUUCCUCAGACAGACCCCAGCAGUUUGGGUCCUCUCAGUCAGUCAGACAGGAAGUUAUAAAUAUAGCCCACUGCACCUGUGUUCCUCUUCUCUCUGAAGCCUGCCGCCAGUGUAGUGCUGCAGCCUAGGGCCUGGACCUUGAAGACCUGAGGAAUCCACCCCGCUCUUAACAGACGAUGAUAGGCCCAGAUCUUAGGCCCUGCCGCCGAGACGCAUCGUGUUAACAGUCACGGAUCGUGUCCCUUAUCACAAAAAAGCAGUCCCCCAGAAAUCCCUGGCAUCUCAGGUCCAUCUUGGGUUGUCAAUCCCUCACUUGUUCGCACCCCUCUCGUCCGUCCUCCCCCCUUUCUCUAUCGCUCUGUCAGUAGUUUUGCUUGGCAUGCUUUUUUGUGUGACCCUUAAGAUGACCUGUAGUGUUGACAUUUCCUCAUACUGUAUAGUAGAAUCACAUAAUGUAGAAAUAUGUCUAGUGACCAUCCCUUAUAAAACUACAUUUACAGCAGAAUGAAUUAGGUCUUAUAAAACUACAUUUACAGCAGAAUUAAUUAGCUCUUACAAAACUACAUUUACAGCAUCAUGAAUUAGCUCUUAUAAAACUACAUUUACCACAGCAUCAUGAAUUAGGUCUUAUAAAACUGUAUUUACAGCAUCAUGAAUUAGGUCUUACAAAACUGCAUUUACAGCAUCAUGAAUUAUGUCUUACAAAACUACAUUUACAACUAGCCGGUGCCCCCGCACAUUGACUCUGCAACGGUACCCCCCUGUAUAUAUAGCCUCCCUACUGUCACUUUAUUUUACUUCUGCUCUUUUUUUUUUCUCAACACUUUUAUUUUUAUUUUUAUUUUUUAUUUUUUACUUUUUUUGUUUAAAAUAAAUGCACUGUUGGUUAAGGGCUGUAAGUAAGCAUUUCACUGUAAUGUCUGCACCUGUUGUAUUCGGCGCAUGUGACCAAUAAAAUUUGAUUUGAUUUGAAUUAGCUCUUAUAAAACUACAUUUACCACAGAAUGAAUUAGGUCUUAUAAAACUGAAUUGAUAGAAUAAUGAAUUAGGUUAUGUAGGAGAGUGCAGUUAGAAGUGAAGGCUACUGCCUAGCACCCCUGACAAACCUGUCCUGUCUGGUAUGAAGGAAAGGCUGGAUCAGAGGGCUGGGGAUUUGUAAGGCAGCCCGUUGCAGGUCAGUAGGAGGAGAGGAGAGACUGUGGACUAAUGGAUACAUUUGAAUGAUUACUGUUUUUUAUAAUGCAGGUAUGCAUGUAUACACUACGUAUGUACACAAAUAUGCACAGUGUAACCAUAGUCAUUCUUAAAGAUGACUGACGUGUCUCCAAUCUCCAUCUUUAAGGUGGGUGAAAACAUCAGAGAAAUUCUUGCUAGCUUCAAAUAAGGUGGCUAUGCUGUGGCUGUGUAUGUAAUUACAAUCGUCGUCUUCAGACCGCCAUAAUUAGUUCAUUAGAGGAUUGGAUACUUGGUGUCAGUAGCUGAGUGUAGAUGCGGUGAGGAAUCAAGCGCAGGAAACACAGGCGUUCGUCAACAGACUUUAGUAACAAAAAUAACAGCACCAAACAGGCGAACAGCCAACCCAACCGGGAGGCAAAAUACAAAGUACGCACAACAGACACAGUGCGUAAAAAUGACGAUAGCGCACACAGUACGGACUCUCGGACAAACAACAAUCCUGAGAGUAAUAUCAAAGAGCAACAGCUUGACAAAUAAACAAUACCACAUAACACCUGCCCCCACACACGAAAACUAAAUAGGCAACCAAAUCAAACACUAACAAGGGACAGGUGUACAAACAGACAAAACCAAACAAACAUGAAACAUCGAACGGUGGCAGCUAGUACUCUGGGGACGACGACCGCCGAAGCCUGCCCGAACAAGGAGGAGGAGCAGCCUCGGCCGAAACCGUGACAGUACCCCCCCCUUGACGCCGAUCCCGGCCUCGGGGACGACCAGGACGACGCGGAGCAGGGCGCGUAGGAUGACCCCGAUGGAACUCGGUCAGCAGGGACAGGUCUAAUAUGUCCCUCCUCGGCACCCAGCACUGCUCCUCCGGGCCGUACCCCUCCCACUCCACGAGAUAUUGGAGACCCCCCAUCCGGCGUCUCGAAUCAAGGAUGGACCUCACAGUGUACGCCGGAGCCCCCUCGAUGUCCAACGGGGGCGGAGGAGUCUCUUCUAUCUCAUAGUCCUGGAGUGGACCAGCUACCACCGGCCUGAGGAGAGACACAUGGAACGAGGGGUUAAUAUUCCUGUAAUCAAUAGGCAGUUCUAACCUGUAACACACCUCGUUCAACCUCCUCAGGACUUUGAAUGGCACCACAAACCGCCGACCCAGCUUCCGGCAGGGCAGGCGGAGGGGCAGGUUUCUGGUCGAGAGCCAGACUCGAUCUCCAGGUGCGUAUACAGGCCCCUCACUGCGGUGGAGAUCGGCGCUCGUCUUAUGCCGACAGAUGGCCCGCUGCAGAUGAACGUGGGCAGCGUUCCAUGUCUCCUCCGAGCGCCGCACCCACUCAUCCACCGCAGGGGCCUCGAUCUGGCUCUCGUGCCAAGGUGCCAGAACCGGCUGGUACCCUAACACACACUGGAAAGGGGUUAGUUGGGUGGAGGAGUGGCGGAGAGAGUUCUGCGCCAUCUCGGCCCACGGAACGUAUCUCGCCCACUCCUCCGGCCGGCCCUGGCAAUAAGACCUCAGAAACCUACCCACAUCCUGGUUGACACAUUCAACCUGCCCAUUACUCUCCGGGUGGUAACCCGAGGUAAGGCUCACCGAAACCCCCAACCGUUCCAUAAACGCUCUCCACACUCUGGAGGUGAACUGGGGGCCUCGAUCAGACACUAUAUCCUCGGGUACCCCGUAAUGCCGGAAGACAUGGGUAAACAGAGCCUCAGCGGUCUGUAGGGCAGUAGGGAGACCCGGCAUGGGAAGGAGACGACAGGCCUUCGAGAACCGAUCCACAACGACCAGGAUGGUAGUAUUCCCCUGUGAGGGGGGAAGGUCUGUAACAAAGUCCACCGAGAGGUGGGACCAGGGUCGUUGUGGAACGGGCAGGGGUUGUAGCUUACCCCUGGGCAAAUGUCUGGGCGCCUUACACUGGGCACACACCGAACAGGAGGAGACAUAAACCCUCACAUCCCUGGCUAACGUUGGCCACCAGUACUUAGUGCUAAGGCAGUGAACUGUCCGGCCGAUACCUGGAUGUCCAGAGGAGGGGGACGUAUGAGCCCAAUAAAUGAGGCGAUCGCGUACCUCGAGCGGAACGUACGUCCGACCCACUGGACACUGUGGAGGACUUGGGUCGGUGCGUAACGCCCGCUCGAUCUCUGCAUCGACCUCCCAUACCACCGGUGCCACCAGACAAGACUUUGGUAGUAUGGGAGUGGGCUCAACGGACCUCUCCUCCGUGUCAUACCGCUGAGACAGGGCAUCUGCCUUCCCGUUCUGGGACCCAGGGAUGUAAGUGAUUUUAAACACAAACCGGGCUAGAAACAUAGUCCAGCGGGCCUGGCGAGGAUUCAGUCUCCUAGCUGCCCGGAUGUAUUCCAGGUUACGGUGGUCAGUCAAAAUGAGGAAAGGGUGUUGAGCCCCCUCAAGCCAAUGCCUCCACACCUUUAGGGCCUGUACCACGGCUAACAGCUCCCUGUCCCCUACGUCAUAAUUCCGCUCCGCCGGACUGAGUUUCUUAGAAUAAAAAGCACAGGGGCGGAGUUUAGGUGGUGUGCCAGACCGUUGUGAGAGGACGGCCCCAAUACCGGCCUCGGACGCGUCUACCUCUACCUGGAAUGGUAAAGCGGGAUCCGGAUGCGCCAACACCGGCGCCGAGGUAAACAGGUCCUUCAGUCUCCCAAAAGCCCUGUCCGCCUCAGCUGACCACCGCAAGCGCACCGGACCCCCCUUCAACAGAGACGUUAUGGGAGCUGCCACCUGUCCAAAACCCCGGAUAAACCUCCGAUAGUAAUUCGCAAAACCCAAGAACUGUUGCACCUCUUUCACAGUGGUUGGGGUUUGCCAAUUACGCACAGCUGACACCCGGUCAACCUCCAUCUUCACCCCUGACGCAGACAACUGAUAACCCAAAAAGGAGACCGACUUCUGAAAGAACAGACAUUUCUCUGCCUUGACAUGUAGGUCAUGCUCCAACAGCCUCCUCAACACUCGGCGCACCAGGGCUACAUGCUCUGCUCGGGUAGAACUGUACACCAGAAUAUCGUCGAUGUACACGACUACUCCCUGCCCCUGCAUGUCCCGGAAAAUCUCAUCGACGAAGGAUUGGAAGACUGAGGGAGCAUUCAUUAACCCAUAUGGCAUGACGAGAUACUCGUAAUGACCGGAGGUCGUGCUAAACGCUGUCUUCCAUUCAUCGCCCUCUCUAAUGCGCACCAAGUUAUAUGCGCUCCUGAGAUCCAAUUUUGUGAAGAACUGAGCACUGUGUAAUGAUUCCGUCAUAGUCGCAAUCAGAGGAAGUGGAUAGCUGUACUUCACCGUAAUCUGAUUGAGACCGCGGUAAUCAAUACACGGGCGCAGACCUCCAUCCUUUUUCUUCACAAAAAAGAAGCUCGAGGAAGCGGGUGAAGUGGAGGCCCGUAUGUAUCCCUGUCUCAGAGACUCGGCGAUGUAAGUUUCCAUCGCCUUCCUCUCCUCUUGAGACAAGGGAUACACAUGGCUUCGCGGGAGGGCUGCUCCUAACUGGAGAUCUAUCGCACAAUCCCCCUGUCUAUGAGGCGGCAGCUGCGCCGCCCUAGUCUUACUAAACACCAGUGUCAAAUCCUCAUACUCGGGGGGAAUGUACAGUGCAGGCAUUAGAUUCGGACUUUCCACCGAGGUCGCCCCUAUGGAAACACCCAGACACAGCCCCUCACACUGAGCAGACCACCCUUUAAGAGCUUUCUCUCGCCACGAAAUAGUAGGAUCAUGGGUAAUCAACCAGGGAAGCCCCAGCACCACCGGAUACGCAGGAGAGUCAAUCAGAUAGAGCUGAAUCGUCUCCUCAUGACCCCCCUGCGCCUCCAUCUUAAGGGGCGCUGUGACCUCCCUAAUCAACCCAGAUCCUAACGGACGGCUAUCUAGGGCAUGUACAGGGAAAGGCUUAUCAACGGGAAGGAGAGGAAUCCCUAAUUCUACACAGAACUGGCGAUCUACAAAGUUCCCAGCUGCGCCUGAAUCGACUAGCGCCUUAUGCUGGGAACGAGGUGCUACCUGUGGAAAACAAACAGGCAAGGUUAUGUGAACGACAGAAAGCUCUGGGUAAGUAGGGCGCCUACUCACCUGGGAGGACUCCCCAAUGCGUGGCCUGCAUUCACCUCCACCGGGGGACCUUCCCCAACACCUAGCCGCGGUGUGCCCUCCACGGCCACAGUUGGUGCAGGGGACGGCCCCCCUCGGGUUCCUACUCCUCCUUUCUCUAGCGCCAGCACCUCCGAGCUCCAUAGGGCUCGGCUCGGAGGUGCUGGAGGGUGAAAUGGGCGACCCCCAUCCGGGACGCCCACGGGUGGCGAGCAGGGUGUCCAACCGAAUGGCCAUGUCGACUAGUUGGUCAAACGUCAACAUGGUAUCCCUGCACGCCAACUCUCUUUGGACGUCCUCCCGGAGGCUACAACGGAAGUGGUCUAUGAGGGCCCGCUCAUUCCACCCUGCAUCUGCCGCUAGAGUCCGGAACUCCAGGGCAAAAUCCUGUGCGCUCCUCAUCCCCUGUCGGAGGAAGAACAGACGCUCCCCCGCCGCCUUCCCUUCUGGUGGAUGGUCGAACACGGCCCGGAAGCGGCGGGAGAACUCCGCAUAAGUGAUGGUAGCGGCGUCCAUUCUCCUCCAUUCGGCGUUGGCCCACUCCAACGCCUUGCCGGCGAGACAGGAGAUGAGGGCGGAGACGCUCUCGUGUCCCAAGGGCACCGGGUGUACGGUGGCGAGGUAGAGCUCCACCUGUAGCAGGAACCCUUGACACCCGGCAGCGGAGCCAUCGUACGCCCUCGGGAGCGAGAGCCGAAUCCCACUGGGUUCCGGAAUGUGGACAGGAGGACUGACCGAUGGGGAUGGUCCGGUAGGUGGGGGCGUGGGUACCCCGCUGCUUUCCCAUCGGUGGAGAGUGUUCAUCACCCGAUCCAAGGCGUGCCCGAUCUGGUUAAUCCGGUCCUCCUGUCCACGAAGACGGUCCUCCAUGACCUCUGUCGGCGCGGGUGCUCCUGCUGACUCCAUGGUCGGAUGUGGUAUUCUGUCAGUAGCUGAGUGUAGAUGCGGUGAGGAAUCAAGCGCAGGAAACACGGGCGUUCGUCAACAGACUUUAGUAACAAAAAUAACAGCACCAAACAGGCAAACAGCCAACCCAACCGGGAGGCAAAAUACAAAGUACGCACAACAGACACAGUGCGUAAAAAUGACGAUAGCGCACACAGUGCGGACUCUCGGACAAACAACAAUCCUGAGAGUAAUAUCAAAGAGCAACAGCUUGACAAAUAAACAAUACCACAUAACACCUGCCCCCACACACGAAAACUAAAUAGGCAACCAAAUCAAACACUAACAAGGGACAGGUGUACAAACAGACAAAACCAAACAAACAUGAAACAUCGAACGGUGGCAGCUAGUACUCCAGGGACGACGACCGCCGAAGCCUGCCCGAACAAGGAGGAGGAGCAGCCUCGGCCGAAACCGUGACACUUGGUCCAGACAGAGCCACUCUCUGAAGAAAUGACUACCUUGGUCCAGAGUCUUUUACAGUACAGGAGGCCCCAUACCACCUACAUUACAUGUAUAUUUACGUCAUUUAGCAGACGCUCUUAUCCAGAGCAACUUACAGUUAGUGCAUACAUUAUUCUUUUUUAUUUUCAUACUGGCCCCCCGUGGGAAUCGAACCCACAACCCUGGCAUUGCAAACGCCAUGCUCUACCAACUGAGCUACCUCCCUGCCGGCCAUUCCCUCCCCUACCCUGGACGACGCUGGGCCAAUUGUGCGCCGCCCCAUUGGUCUCCCGGUUGCGGCCGGCUACAGCAGAGCCUGGAUUCAAACCAGGAUCUCUAGUGGCACAGCUAGCACUGCGAUGCAAUGCCUUAGACCACUGCGCCACUCGGGAGGUUGGAUCCAUUUGACACGUGAUUUAUUUACAGAUGUAUUUAACAGGAUCGUUGGAGACAGAGUAGACCAUGUAGAUGGAGAAUAACUAACCAUAGAUAAUAUAUGAUGACGUUAAUAAUCCUACAUGUGUAAUGUAGCAAAAUACAAGUGUUAAAAUGACAUGUUUUAUGCUAGUUUCUAUUUACCUAUGUCACAAUCAUUUAUAAUCACAUAUACACACCGUGUAACAUUAUAGUUCCUGGAGAUUGUGCUACGUAAUUGCUCCUAUACCAUUGCCUUCCAGAACUUUUGUAUGACUUACACAAACAGUGAGAGCUGAGUCUACCAGGGCUACCUUCUAGCUGCAGGUUAUUGAUAUGGUGUAGAGUUUCACACUGGGGGAGUGAUAUUUGAUCACGGUAACUACAGCAACAUUAUUUAUAUUUCAGCAUAGGAAAGCAAGUAUUCCCAUUGAUAGGCUUGGUAGGUACACUCUUAGAAAAAAGGGUUCCAAAAGGGUUCUUCGGCUGUCCCCAUAGGAGCACCCUAUUUGGUUUUAGGUAGAACCCUUUUGGGUUCCAUGUAAGGUUUUACAUGGAACACAAAAGGAUUAUACCUGGAACCAAAAAGGGUUCUUCAAAGGGUUCUCCUAUGGCACGUGUCAAACUCAUUCCACGGAGGGCCGAGUGUCUGCGGGUUUUCACUUCUCCCUUGUCCUUGAUUGAUGAAUUAAGGUAACUGAUUAGUAAGUAACUCCCCUCACCUGGUUGUCUAGGUCUUAACUGAAAGGAAAAACCAAAAACCAGCAGACACUAGGCCCUCUGUGGAAUGAGUUUGACACCCCUGUCCUAUGGGGACAGCCAAAGAACCCUUUUAGGUUCUAGAUAGCACCUUGUUUUCUAAGACGAUAGCCUAUUAUUCUCACUGUUGAAUUGUAGUUAUUAACUCUUUAUUCUAAAUACAGUGGAAAAGAGGAUCGAUAAUAAAGUAGAUUCAGCUGUGGAUUUCACAUUCAGCAUGAGGAAAAAAGGCCCUUCUUGGAAGGCAAGGUCGGCCUUGCUCAUACACAAUAAGAAAAGCUGUCUAUUCUGUGCUUUACAUACAGAGAAAACAGACUGAAUCGACCUUGUAAAAAAGGAGCCAAGAAAGAAAGAGAAAAGCUAGAAACAACCACUCCUUUCUUCCUUCCACCUGGUUUAGGUAGUGAUGAGCAAGCUGAAGUUGAAAGGCCUCUUGCCUCCCCCAUCCAGGGGAGAUAAUGGAUAUGACCUGACAGCUCAUAAAACAGCAUAAUUAGCUGGUUAGGCCGGCUGUGUUAUUUUCCAAUCAGGGGUUUUCUUUCAUGUCCGUCAGCCCACGUUGGAGGAAAACAUUUCCACUGCUGUCGGGGGGAACGGGGGUUAUCAUAAAUUUGACUCUGGAAUAGCCCGCCGGUCCAAAGAGAGGGGAGAGAAUGUGGACAAGCCUAGC